AUGUACAAACAAAAGUCGCUAGAACUGAGAGACAUCAACUAUGUGUAUGAGAACUCAUGGGUCUGGGUUAACAUCAAUUCGAUAAAAAAAAAAAAUGGAAAUUUAUAUAAAGAAAUAUUUGAAUAUUACAAAAAUAAAAAUAAAAUAUUCUGCUUCUUCAAAGGAAAAGUAAAACAAUUCGUAUCCAACAGGGAUGUAGAAAUAUGCAUCAGCAUAGACGACAAUUAUGUGAACUUCAAAAAUAACAUAAAUUAUAACAUCACAGAAAAUGUUAAAUAUUUAUUACCCAUUGAUACCAAUUUUGGGUGUAGUGACAACACAGAAUUAAUAUAUUUAAAUCCGCCCAAUUUAUUGGAAAAUAUUCGACAGAGAUAUAGUAAGGCGUACUUAAAUGAAGGAAGCAGAGAUUGUAUUUAUACUUACAUUGGGUACAUCCUGUUGUCAGUGAAUCCUUAUGAGAAUUUUAAAAUUUACGAUGAGUGUUACAUGAGGAAGAUUAAGAAUGAGAAUAAUCUGUUUGCUGUUCCUCAUCCUUUUUCCAUUGCCAACGAUGCGUACAACUGUAUGAUUAAGGAUAAGGUGAGCCAGUCCAUCAUCAUAAGUGGCGAAAGCGGGGCUGGCAAGACAGAGUCAUCGAAGCAGGUGUUGAGGUACCUUACCUACUUGAGCGCUUGCCAUUCGCAGGAGGAAGCCGCAGGAGUUGCAGACGCAUUGGAAAAAUGUGACUACACAAGAAAGGGAGCCCCCCCGGGCGGCAGUAACCAGGGCACGGGAAACGGCGACACUGGGGGUCGUCGCGCGAAAUCGCCUGAGAAGGAAGGAAAGGACAAGUUCAACCCAAACGUUAGGGACGCCCCCAAGAGAGACGAAAUAAAUGAAAGAAGCGCCAAAAAUGGAUCCGUAAGGGGGGAAAAAGCCGUUCCGUUAAGGGAGACAUGCUUAGUCACGGUUUCCACCGCCGAGUCAACGUACACUGCUGAGUCCACGUACACCACUGCCCCCCCUUACACCACUUCGUCCCCUUCCACCGCUGCUUCCCCCUCCUCUUAUGAAGACAAAAUCCAGAACAGCAACCCCCUGUUGGAAUCGUUCGGAAAUGCUAAGACGAUCAAAAAUGACAACAGCAGUAGGUUCGGAAAAUUGAUGAAGUUAAAUUAUGACGAGAAUGGUAGGUUACGCUCUGCGUCCAUCGAAACGUAUCUCCUUGCAAAAUCCAGAGUGGUUGAUGUUCCCCCCAGAGAAGGGAAUUACCAUAUUUUUUAUUCCUUGUGUGAGAAUUCCAAAUUAAGUGACGAGUUCGGUCUAUUGCCAUGGUACAAGUAUAACUAUUUGAGGGCCCAAAAUGAUAUGAACAAAUCAGGAAACAAUUCCCUUAAUGGGAGAGAAGAUUCUGAGGGAAAUGAAGAAAUGGAAGAUGAAGAGGACACUAACACAGAGGGAAAAGGGAAGAAAAAGAAGAAGAGCAAGAGCAGGAAUAAGCGGAAAAAAGUGGGCAAGUUGGACGAAACGGAUAGGGAGGAAGUGGCCCUGGAUGUGGUCGAAACGGGAAAGGAUGAAGAUAAAAAGAAGAGAAGUAAACUUAAGGGGAAAUCAGGAAACGACUCACAUCCUAGUGAUGACAGCAGGAAGGAGAACAAAUGCUUGUACGAUUUGGACGCCAUUAUAAAAUGUUUUCAGAGCAUAGGGGUGUAUGAAGAGGAACAGAAGGAGAUUUACAAAACGCUUAUUUGCAUUUUGCUCCUGGGAAAUGUCGACUUUGUGGUGAAUGAGGAGGAGGAAGGAGGGAUACUUAAAAUUAAGAGUGCAGAGGUGUGCGAGAAGUUGGGCGACCUGCUUGAAAUUAGCAAUGACCAUUCGGGAAACAGCAGCUGUGGUAGCGGUGGUGCGAACAAGAUCGUCGAAAUUCUAACCAUAAAGAAGGUGCGUGACACGCAAAAGAACUACACCUACCAGCAAGCCAUCUACAACAGGGAUGUCAUAUCGAAGGCCCUGUAUCAGCUUCUGUUCGAAUACGUGAUCAUGCGCGUUAAUGACUCAUUGAAUGUGCGCGAGUUAAGCAAAAAUGUCAUGAACUCAGCCAAGUACAAAAAUAUUGUGCGAAAUUACAAAGCGUCGAGGAACUGUUUCAUCAUUUCACACUAUGCGGGAGAAGUCCUAUACGACUCUCACGAUUUUUUUAACAAAAAUGUAGAUAUCCUCACAAACGAUAUUGAAGACUUUUUAUCAAGCUGCAAUUCUUUCAUCAGGACGAAUUUGCUUAAAGGGAAGAAAUUUGUGUGUGGUAAGAAUAGCACACAGGGGAAUCAUCCUAAGAGUAGUGGCAAAAUGGUGGAGCUGAAAAUUCAGGAAGAGCCAAAAUCAGGGAGGAGAAAAUUAUCUGUGAAGGAAAUGAUAUCCCACCAUGAGAUUGAGUCUAGGGGAGUUCUUCCUGUACAUCUCCAGGAGGAUGAUCCGUAUAUGAGUGAUGACGACGAGGAAGGGGGCGAAGUAGAGGGGAAUCAUCGACAGAGCGUCCGCAAUGGGGGGAACUCCAUCAAUGUUCUUACGUAUCACACAGGACGAAAGAAUAAAGUAAAGUCCAUCUUUUCUUCAUUCAAAAAACAGCUUGAAAUUCUGACCAACAAGCUAGACAAAACGGCUUCGAAAUUUAUCAGGUGUAUAAAACCAAAUGAGGAAAAGAAGGCCAAAUUUUUUAAUAAAAAUUUGGUGCUGAAUCAGCUAGUAAUGAGCGGAAUGGUUGACGUCCUCAGUUUGAUGAAAAAUGGAUACCCUUGCAGAGUGCUCUACGAUGACAUUUGGAUUACCUACAGUCACCUUUUGCAAGACGAAAUGAAGUCCUUCCUUACCCCCAAAAUGUUCUGCGAAAUUGUACUGAAAUUUUUAGACAUCCACUCUAACGAAUACACAUUCGGAAAAACGAAAGUUUUUUUCCGCUUUGGUGUUUUAUCCACCAUAAAUGAAAUAUUGAAUAAAAAUUUGGAAAAAAAAAAUAAAUUUAUCGAAUGUGUGUAUAAUUUCUGGCUACACAAAAGGAAACGAAAAAUCUUGAAAUUUGUCCUCUGCGGAUGUAGGUUUAAAAUGUUAAUAAAAAAGAUGAGAGCUAAACGUUUAAUGGAACACGGACUCUAUUAUUAUAAUAAUUUUUUGCUACAGAAAAAAAGGCAAAGUCUUCGAAAAAUACUGUUUUACUACUUUUAUGUCUAUAAACAGAGAACCUACUUCCUACAAUUGAAAAGAAGCUCCCUCGUUAUUCAAAAACGCAUUCGGGGAUAUCUUGCACGCAAAAAAUAUUUAUACAUAAAAAGACAAAUACUUUUUAUCCAGGAUUAUUACAUAUUUCAAGGGUACUUUAAGCAGAGAGUUACAGCCUCAAAUAUUAUUAGGAAAAAUUGGCUCACUUAUAUUACCAAAUCUGAUUAUCACUAUGUCCGAAUGAGCAUUAUAAAAAUACAGAGAGCCUUUCGAAGAUACAUGAAGGGGAAAUAUAUUAAGUACUGCUUGAAAGUAGUCAAUGUUAAGAAGCAGCCUAAGCGCACGUACAGUGCGUUCGUGAAGAGUGAGAUCGGUCAGGGGAAGAAACUGGAAUUGGGGGUACAGCGGAGGGCUCAGAAGGAACUCGCGAAAGGGGUGAAGCACGAGAGAGCUCGUGAUCGACAGCUGGGGAAGCGCCUCUGCCAGGAGGAGGACCGCAUAGGGUCCUUCAUCUGCGUGGAGAGGACCAACCGCAGGCAUUCCUUCGCGAUGGGCCAAAAAUUGGACGCCUCCUCGAGCAGCAGAAGCAGCCUCAAAAGAAGAAAAACCUGGAGUGCUUGGGAGAGCACCUCAAAGUGUAACUACAGCCGACAAAGCUACAGACACACUCAACCAAAUUAUAUGAAUAGAGCUAUUUCAAACCAUAGCAGUAGCCAUAUCAGCACAGGGAGUUCCUUGAAAAAGAAGGUCACAGGAAGUUACACGGAGGAGAAACCAUUUAUCAGUGUUGGACAUAUAGGGAUUAACGGAAAGGGGCAAAUAAAGGGACGUAGUAGCGACAUUUUUGGUAAUGCUAGUCGGGAUAAGGGCAGAGCAAAAAACAAGUUUAGGUUCAGCAACCUAAGCACAUGCGGUGACAACAUGCUUGCGAAGGGUAACGGCGGGGGCGUCGGUAAAAGUGGCUCGCUCAGCAUGGGAAAAAGCCGCAUGAAAAGAAUAACGUACAAUCAUGCGAACCUGAAAAACGACUUCGCCUCGAGCUACAAGAGGGAGAAAAAUAAAGUCUCCAAUUUUUUGAAAAACACCAUUUAUGAUAGAUACAUCAACAAGUACAAGCAGAAUUACAUGAACAGACAGAAGGAUAAGAAGAAGAAAUCGAUUUACAUAAAAAACAACUACAGCAACAUUAGCAACAUAUACAGCGUUUACAGGCCUUCACAGGAGGAGAAGCUGGCUCAGCAGUAUGACUUCGACCGCACGGACGCGCUCAUCAUUCCGGAGGACUUCUACGUGAGCGAGUCAAACAUCCCCGAGCCAGACAUGAUGCAAGAAAAUGAUGAAAAUUAUCUACUGUUGUGUGAAUACCUGGAUAACAAUUUGGAUUCGAAGAUCCCCCUAAUAGAGCUAAGUGCUUUCAAGUGCGCGUGA